AUGGAUGGACUCGCACUUGAGGAGGAGAUUGUUGCGACAAGUGACACACUAGAUAUAAAAUCAACAAAGAAAUUUCCAUUAACAUUGAGGUUGGUGAUUUUAGCUAUUGCAUUGGUUUGUGUAAUAUACAUUUGCUCAAUUUGUUUAGAGCUAAAAGGUAUCAGCACAAAUUCAAAGUUCUUAGGAAUCAGUGUCUUCAAGCAACCAUGUCCUCGUCCUUCAGAUGUACAAGAAUGGGAACUUCCCUAUUUGCAUUAUCCAGAACCCAAAACUUAUAGCAGAGACGAAUGUAGUUGCAAUCCUGUUCGGUAUUUUUGCAUCGUAUCAAUGCAAAGAUCUGGGAGUGGCUGGUUUGAGACAUUCUUGAACAGUCAUAUUAACGUAAGCUCCAAUGGAGAAAUAUUUUCUGUUAGCAAAAGAAGGGAAAACGUUUCUUUAAUUUUGAAGACGAUGGAUGAAGUUUAUAAUCUUGAUUGGUUCACUAGUGCUUCCAAAAAUGAGUGCUCUGCUGCUGUUGGCUUCAAAUGGAUGCUUAAUCAGGGUUUGAUGGAUCAUCAUAAAGAAAUAGUGGAAUACUUGGAGCAGAAACAAGUUUCUGCAAUAUUCUUGUUCAGAAGAAAUUUGCUGCGUAGAAUGGUAUCUGUACUAGCCAAUACUUAUGACAAAGAUUUUAAGCUAUUGAAUGGAACACAUAAGUCUCAUGUGCACUCUACAAUGGAGGCUACAAUUCUUGCAAAGUACAAGCCACAAAUCAAUGUCACGUUAUUGAUACCAGAGCUAAAGAAAACAGAGGAGACAGUUGCAAAAGCUGUAGCAUAUUUUAAGAACAUCCGGCACGUUGUUCUUUACUACGAGGAUCUUGUCAACAACCGUACGAAAUUGAAGGAUGUACAAGAAUUUCUGAGGGUGCCAUACAGAGAACUGGAGAGUCGUCAAGUGAAGAUACAUACCGCCCCAUUAUCAAUGCAAAUUGAAAACUGGGAUGAAGUCCAAAAAGUGCUUACCGGGACACCAUAUGAGAGUUUUCUCUACAAUGACUAA